CAUUAUUCAAUCAUUAUUGAUAUAAGAGCUGAAUCAAAUGAUUACCAUGUGACUGGAGUUGAGCUUCAUUUGGUCAAAAGCAACGAAGAUAUAUGUUAUCUCUGUGCAGGCUACCGAACAAGGUCUCGUGAAACAUUUAGAGUCACUUUACUUGGUCGAGCAAAGUCAGAGUUGCCUAUGGUUGAUGCUUUACAACGACAAUAUCUACUUGAGAGUACAGACCCAAACAAUUUGGUGUCCUUUGGUUCAAAGGUAUUUAGUAACUUUAUUCAGAAUGAAUGUAAUGGUAAAUCACAAUGGAGUUCCCAAGCCAAUUGUCAACGCUUUGCUCGGUACCUGGCCAAUGAGCUUGGUUUGAAUUGGCCUCAAUACAUAUCCCUG